CUUACGUUGUUGAUGCCACCUCAUAACCUUGUUCUUGUUUUUUACAAACUUUCAAGUUUCAACAACAACCACCUUAUACCUCUUUGCUAUGCUCUAUAUAUUUAACAUUCUAACACUCGUAAUAGUAACACUCGUCCUUCUCUUAACCCAACCUUUGCUAUUCUCGCCAACAACACGCCAUGGGAGAAGAGGUGCCCAACAAAACAGAAUCACACUCACCCUCUCAGGAAGACCUUUCCAUCAAAACCCAACCCCUGACAAACUCCGAGGAAGACCUUUCAAACAAAACCGAACCACUUCCAAACUCUGAGGAAGAGCUUUCCAACAAAACCCAACCACAGCCAAACUCUGUUUCCCAGGAAAAGGAAUCGGAGAAACCUGACCCUCCAAACCAGAACGUCACUUCUCCUUCUCCCCUUCUUCAAAAUGUUGCGGAUCAAGCUGAUAAAAAGGAUGCAGGGGAUUCAGUGGGCAAAGAUGUUUUGCUUGCACGAGUUGUAACAGAGAAAAGAUUGGCUUUAAUUAAAGCGUGGGAAGAAAGUGAAAAGACAAAAGCAGAGAACAGGGCAUACAAGAAGCACUCUGCUAUUGGAUUAUGGGAGGAUAGCAAGAAAGCAUCAGUAGAAGCACAACUCAAGAAAAUUGAGGAAGACUUGGAAAAAAAGAAGGCUGAGUAUGUUGAAAAAAUGAAGAAUAAAGUUGCUGAAAUCCACCGAUUAGCAGAAGAGAAAAGGGCAAUUGUUGAGGCUCAGAGAAGGGAAGAAUUCCUGGACCUAGAGGAGACAGCUGGAAAGUUUCGUAGCCGUGGUAAUACACCAAGGAGAUUCUUUUCAUGCUUGAGCGGCUAAGUUUUUUCAGGCGAAUGCCAGGGACCAAAUUCUCGUUCAUGUGUUCCUAGUUCUUACAUAUACAUUUAAAUUUUGUUGUUUCGUGUGUUGUUUUUCCCUAUAUACUAUGUGAAUCAUAACUUAGCAGUUGAUUUGUUGAGGACGAAUUUACAUAAAAAUAAGUGAAGAAAUUGUAUCAGCAUACUUGUUUUAUGUGAUACGUUCUUUGUUGGA